AUGGACGAUUUGUUAGGUUGCCUAGCCACGGCACUCCGCAAGACAAUCAAUCUAUCCGUCCAUGCGAGUUCGGUGCUGGUGGUCUUAUCGCCAAAUUCAGAAGGUGUUCUGGCGAACUGGCACUCCAUAACGUCACCUUCGCGUACCUUCGCGUCCUACCAUCCCCGUCCUCUCCAACCUCUGCAUCUUCCCCCCUGCAAACGAAAUCACGUUCAUUAUCGGGUCCUCCGCGUCCGGCCAAUCCAUCGUCACUCAGCUCCUCUUGAGCAUGUACAACCCUUCAAGCGGGACACAUCACCAUCGACGAGCACGGCGUCCAGUUCCCUCGACGACAAGCUCACAGAGUGGAGUGGCCAUCUCGAACGGGAGGGUGUAUUCGAGAAUGUCGUUGUUGGAAACCCUCCUCGGUGGGGGCGCUGGUCACUGGUAGUGUUAGGCGGAAGCAGAGGCUAUUGCCAGUGCUCGGUUCUUGGUUCUGAUACUUGGCGGGACAAGUACUCGAGUAGGGAUACGACACGACUUGAAGGUUGUCGGUGUUUAAGGAGGGCCGUGGGUGACUUUUGGAAAAGGAUGGAAGCGCAGCGGGAGACAGGUGGGUCUCUCCCUGAGAAAGAUCGGGAGAGUGAGCGCAGGGUGGAUGUCAUUCAGGAUGCGUCGGACGAGGAGAGUGAGAAGGACUUCACUCGAUUUCCUCCCACCGAGAACUUCACUCGCAUUCUUGAACAUCAACGGAGGCCUUCCAGUAUCGAUAUUCCUUCACCUACUUCACCCCCAGUUCUCAUAACGGCUGGGAAAUUGCUCAUUCACGUUGGGAAGCGGACAAGUUCGUAUCUCUCGCCAGUGUCAAAGUCCCAGAUCAUCGCUGGCUCGGAUGAAUACCAUCCCUCAAUAUGGAAUGUCAUCCACAGCAUAUAUCCCUCUGUCCUUCGCAGAUUGAACAACCUUCCGAGCCAUGCGAAACUCGAUUAUCGAUGUUACCCUCUCACCACACUCCCUGUUCCGUUGUUUCCUCCUUCUACGGAUGACGGCCCAUCGUACGCUGGCUUGCGUUGGGCAUUGUAUCACUGUCCGCGUUCCCGUUGGUCUCUAGGUGUCCGUGGUCCCCCACAGCCGCUGCUUUUUGAGCCGCAGGGUGGUCUUCGAAAUGGACAGGAACAGGGACAGGGAUACGAACAUGGCUGGUACUCACAUAUGAGGACGAAUGGCCUGCCUGAACAAGAUGCUUCGAUAGGACUGACCGCGUCGACAACCACGGCAAACGCGACAUGUCGUCAACUUUGA